AUGACCGAAGGGGCCUCCUUAAAGGAACAACUUCUGGAUGCUGCAAGACGGAACAAUGUUGAUCUAUUGGAGACUGUUUUCCAAGAGCUUGGAUCCGAUGAGAGACAGAUUGCAGAUUUGAUCAAUUCAUCGUGCGAUCCAAUGGGAAAUACAAGUCUCCACCUGUGCUGCCAAUACGGUUCUUGGGAUGUUCUGGACCAAAUUCUUGAUCAGGAAGGUGGAAUCGAGAUCGAUCCUCGUAACACAUUGGAUGGUGAUACGCCGCUUCAUGUAGCAGUGCGUUACACUUCUUCAGAACCGGAACAUGGAACAUUCAUCGCGCAGAAUUUGAUACAGGUUGGUGCAGAUCCCAGAAUCUUGAACAAAGCGGGUCAAAAGCCAUUGGAUCUCGUGCAUGGCCCGGAUCUCGAAAACCUCAUCGAUAUAUUGCAAGGAGCGGAACUUGCAGCAGAUAACCAGAACUUGGUGAACGAGGAAGACGCGGAGCUGAUAGACGACGGGCCGGAAGACUAG